AUGUCAUCACCCACAGAAUAUCUCAGUUCAAUUGAAGUACCUUCUUCUUCCUCUGUUGUCCUUCCAACUAUAUUGCCUUCAUCUAUGAACUCACACACUCAUCCAUUCCAAAUGAAGGUGCAACAUGACACUAUAUCCAAUGGUUUUCCAAAGAACAAUGGUCAUGCCCAUCAGAAAUGCAGCUUUGUGUUUUCUUUGCCUUCAGACAAGUGCUCUUGCCCAUCUAAGAAGGCAAGGAAAAUCUUGACCUCUGUGAGUACUUUGUGCAAAUAUCCUCACUGGAAUCUUCAUGCUCGCAAACUAGAUAUCAGCCAAAGAGAUCAAGAGGUUGAUGAUCUUCACACCCUUCAUAUGUUACAGCUUGCCCAUGCAAGUUGUGAGGCCUUUGCUGCACAAGUCAAAUUACACCUGAUGCAGAUUCACAAACUCAAUGUUAUGCACACAAUUGCCUAUGAUGAGUAUGAAGAAGCCCUUAAGCUGCUUAGGACUGCAGAUUGCCAAGUUGGCAAAGUGCAACAAACCAUUAGCAGCAGCAGGACAACCAUCACUACUCUUUCAUCUCUCAGGCUGUCCCCUGUCCCUACUAUGUUAUCUGAGUCAUUUUUGGAUGGCAUCUCCAUCAAGCACAGCACCUCAGCCUCUCCUGGUCCACUGGAUGUGUAG